CGCUAAAAUGCGAUUGAGCUUUGCCCUGCUAGCUCACUCUGUAUGCAGACGAGAGUAGAUUAUUUUCCUUCAGAACCUUCCAGUAGGGAACGAUUGUCAGGUAUCCAUCGCUUACCCGUCAAAGCACAUACAGACUCGGGACUUCAACCACAAUUGACUACGCAUUUUUGAAGUCAACCUUCACAAUUGCACCGCAAAUAUACCUGAAAACCCCCAUUUUCAAACAUUUACCCAGAAGCCGGCUGGUCUGUGUGGUAUUCUUCGAUAUGCGCAUUUCGAUCAUUCAGCCUGUAUCGACACCAGUCGACCUGUCAAGCGAGGAACUAGGAGGGCUGUGCAAAAACGGCAUCACCUGCUCAGUCGUCAAUGUGAACACUGGACCAAUUUCCGUCGAAUCGCGAACCGACAAAGCAUUCGCAAUUCCCGGCCUGAUUGCAGCAGCCCAACGAGAAGCACAAAAGGGAGCCGAUGCCAUAGUCAUUGACUGUUUCGGUGACCCCGGCUUGCAUACCUUGCGAGAAGUGGUCGAUAUCCCAGUCCUCGGUGUGGCACAGACUUCAAUGAACAUAUGUGCCAGUCUCGCGGAUACAUUUGGCGUCGUCACCAUCUUGAAAGAGUCCAUCCCCAUUAUCAAAGACUCGGUGAAAGCAUACGGUCACGAGGGCAGAUUUGUCGGUUGUCAUGCCAUCGAUAUGCGAUCGCUUGAAAUCAAGGGCGAAGUCGAUGAAAUGACGAAUAGGUUAUCUGAGCAUGCCCUCGCUCUGGUGAGAGAUCAGGGGGCACAUUCUAUUAUCCUAGGUUGCACUGGUUUUAUAGGUUGUGCUGAAGAAAUCAAAAAGCGCCUUGGGCUUUCGGGAUUCGAUGUUCCGGUUAUUGAUCCCAUGCCUGCGACUGUCUUUUCUGCCAUACCUCUUCUCCAGUUGAGCUUGAAGCAGAGCAGAGAAAGCUAUCCAAGGAGUACGCUGAAGAAGACAAAAGGUUAUACGGAAUUUGAGUGAGGAUAAUGCGGUGUGAUGCGGAGUACGGACUACAGGCUCACUGCCUCAUGGAUGCGGUGCUUGUUGUCAGAUUUCCAUAUGGACAAGUGCCGUCAGGAAGGCAAAAGGGAACC